AUGGGGACCCUGCAGAGCCUCCUGGAGCUGAAGGGACCAUUCCUGCUGCACCUCUCCCUCACAGACCUGGGCUGCAUCUGCACCACUGUGCCCAAAGCCAUGCACAACUCCCUCUGGGACACCACAACCAUCUCCUACACAGGAUGUGCUGCACAGCUCUUUUUCUUUUUUUUCUUUAUCUCAACAGAGUAUUCCCUCCUCACCAUCAUGUGCUACGACCGCUACGUUGCCAUCUGCAAACCCCUGCACUACGGGACCCUCCUGGGCAGCAGAGCUUGUGCCCACAUGUUUGGUUGUUUCAUUUUCAUAGUUUUCUCCUAUGUGCAAAUCUUCAAGGCUGUGCUGAGGAUCCUCUCUGAUCAGGGACGGCACAAAGCUUUUUCCACAUGCCUCCCUCACCUGGCUGUGGUCUCCCUCUUUGCCUGCACCAUGAUUUUUGCUUACCUCAAGCCCCCCUCCAUUUUGUCCCCAUCCCUGGAUCUGGCCCUUUCAGUUCUCUACUCGGUGGCGUCUCCAGCCCUGAACCCCCUCAUCUACAGCCUGAGGAACCAGGAGCUCAGGGAUGCCAUAAGGAAA